AUGACAACAUCAAGACGUAAUGUCGAAAAAUUUUCUUGUACAACAUCACGCUCUCUUUUACCAACAUUCCGUCGUCCAUGUUAUCGUGAAAUAAUCACAAUAAAUAGCAUAUGUGAUCCAGAAAAUGAAGUUUUUUCUAAAUGGAGUGAAGAAGAUGAACAAUAUUACAAUAUAAUUAAUAAAGCUCUUCUUAAUGAUGAUUUGAAAGUAUUGAAAGAAAAUGUACGAUUUAUCAAUAGUUUAAGAAUGGCAAUUAAAAAUAAUAAUGAAAACGAAUUUCUUAAAUUUAUCGUGGAUUAUCUAUUGAUCUUGGACAUUGGUUAUAUUGUUCAAAAUAUUAUAAAUGAUGCAAAAAUAAAUCAAUUAAGAUGUAUUGAUACAGUACAAGUUAAAUUAAGCUCGAAAAAAUGUAUUCCAGCUUGUGUUAAAAUUUUUGAUUCAACAAGAAAUAUGUUCGUUUAUUUUUAUAAAGAUAGUACCGAUAUUUAUUGGUCUCGUGCUGAAAAACCAAAUGAAAUCUUUUUAAUUGCUCAAAAUAUGAAUGGCUAUUGGGAUGCACCUUAUCGUUAUCAUUAUCGUAGUGGAUAUUUUAUAGAUAAAGGAACCAAUCAAUGGGAAUAA